CUCUUUUUUAGGUUUCCUUGCCCGCUGUAAAUUAGUGGGCACGAGACACUAAUGCCACUGUCGGGGCCACGGUUCGCAAAAAGACCCCGAGGCCAAGCAAGUACCCAGAGGUGCCGCCAGGUGCCCGCCGGCUGGCGCAAGUGCAAAGACGCCAAUGCCAACGUCAUCCACCACGCAUUUCCCUACGCGGCCUCGCUGUGCCUGAACUUUUGCUUGUUUGCUUUGCACAAUCAUACAACCAACACCACCAACCCCGCACCCACCAACGUGCGGCUGCAGCGUCGUCGUCUCCUCUUGCAUGAUAACAUUGGAUGGAUUAGUUCCAUAAGCUUUUGUAGUUUUCCCCACGAUUACUCAUUGCGCGGAGAAGGGGAGGGCGGUCAAGAACAACCCCCCGGACAAGGCUACACAAUCGAGCGCGCCAGUACCGUUAUCCCUGGCUGCUUGUUAUUGCCAAUGUCCUCUGUCUCUGUGCCUGUCCAAAAUGAGUCUAUGCCCAAUCGGCAAAAAGAGCAGACGACUGAUGCAAAAGCACAUCUAGUGGGCCAUGAUGACGGCACCAACGGUGUGACGCAUCGGGACGCCAGUGAAUCCCAGUCAUCCACAUUCACGCAUCCAUUCACACCUACCACUGCCGCUCAGCGCAACCCACCGCCGCCGCCUUCCAGGCUUGAGCUAGUGCUCUCCUUUCUAAACACGACUACUACCACAGAUGAGACUACGCAGAUCCCGGCAAAUUCUGGUACGGAGCAUACCGCUACCGAGGGAGCUCCGCUGAACCUGCACUUGCAUCAACAACAGCUGCAGCAGAAGCCUAACCCUGCACACUCCAAUGGCGGGAAUCGCGCCGUUAACAGCCCAGCUCGCCGCGGGCGUGGCAGGCCGAGGAGCUGGAGGUCCGGUAUGUCUUACUCCGAGCUUCACAGCCGGAACCCUCCGACUUCAGAUACCCAGACGCCCAGUCAAGGACGAGGGAGAGGCGCUGCCAGACGAGGUCGGGUGGGUAGACCUCCAAAGCUGAAGGACCCCAACACUGUCCAAGAGCCGCCCGACGGACUGGUCAAGCGACGAGGUCGGCCCCCCAAGGUACCAUAUCCUGAACCGCAUCACCUCUUUCGUACCAUUCGGCCAUCGUUUGUGGCGUUCGCUUGUGAGUGGCAGGGCUGUGCUGCCGAGCUGCACAACCUCGCGACCCUGCGCCGGCACCUGCACUUGGUUCACAACCCCAAGGCACGUACUAAAAGUAAGCAACACCUUGAUGCCAAGAAGCACGAGUGCCGCUGGGCUAAGUGCGCCACGGCAGUCGAUGGUGCUCUCCCCACGCAGUUUGGCUCAGAAGAGGCGUGGCUUGCACAUCUCGAGGUCGCUCACCUUGUUCCCUUUGCCUGGCAUAUGGGCGAAGGACCUAGGAAUGAGGGUGAUUGCUGGAAACCCAAAGAUGUUGAUCAGGUGCCAACGUUUCUACUCGAUAAGGAUGGCAACCAGGUGACUCCGUGGGUGCGAUACCAGCGGGAGGAGGACCUCGUCACGUACUACAAUAACCGACGCAAGUUAAAAGAACUUUUGAUACAACGAGACGCUAAAUUUGCAAGCGACAGCGAGGAUGACGACGACAACAACAACAACAAUGGAUCCGAUGCUGCAAUUAAUGACACAUCUAAAAUGACAUGAUGUUCAGCGUCAUACGUCGUGUAUUGCAUGACUGGUGAGAAGACCGUGUCCGGAGUAAGUCCAUUUGGGUCUGGCGUCAAAAUUUGGGGAUUUUCAUUACUAUUCACUUUUUGGGGUUUGGAGUAUCUGCAUUGGAUAGAUCAUAUGACUAAAAUACUUUCAACUACUACGAAUAUACAAGAUUUACGUUGCUUGCGUCGCUUCGGUCUAUGUUGCCGCUUGGCAUUAGGCGCCACACCGGCAGUCACACUCCGUCCAACAUCCGCCACACUGCAUCCUUUCGAUAGACUU